AUGAGGCACUGCAUUAACUGCUGUAUACAGUUGUUAGCCCACGACACACACACACAGCAGGUUGGCUGCCGAGGUGGCCCUCCUCCCAGCCUGCAGGCGUGCUCCGCGUGCAGAGGAGAAAACAAGAUUCUGUUCCACGUGGACAGUAAGCAGAUGAACUUGCUUGCUGUUCUCGAAGUGAGGACAGAAGGGAAUGAGAGCUGGGGCGGGUUUUUGCGCUUCAAGAAGGGGAAGCGAUGUAGCCUUGUGUUUGUACUGGUGAUCAUGACCUUGGUGAUGGCAUCUUACAUCCUUUCUGGGGUCCACCAAGAACUCCUGAUCCCGUCACCUUUCCAUUAUGGAGGCUUCCCCGGUAACCCCGGCGUGAUGGAUGGUGAAGGUCCGGGUGACCUGAAAGAGCACCACCACCAGCCCUCUGCAAGUAAUCUCUCGUACAUGAAAGACUACCCAAGCAUUAAGUUAAUCAUCAACAGCAUCACGGCCAGGAUCGAGUUCACCACCAGACAGCUCCCAGAUCUGGAAGACCUCAAGAAACAGGAAGUGCAUAUGUUCUCAGUCAUCCCCAGGAAGUUUCUCCCAAAUAGUAAGAGCCCGUGCUGGUAUGAGGAGUUCGCAGGCAGGAACACCACUGACCCUUACCUGACCAAUUCCUACGUGCUUUACUCCAGAAGGUUCCGCUCCACCUUCGACACUCUGCGCAAGGCCUUCUGGGGCCACCUGUCUCACACCAACGGCAAGCAUUUCCGUCUGCGCUGCCUGCCCCACUUCUACAUCAUCGGGCAGCCCAAGUGCGGCACCACUGACCUCUAUGACCGCCUGAGGCUGCACCCUGAGGUGAAAUUCUCCGCCAUCAAGGAGCCACACUGGUGGACCCGGAAGCGGUUUGGAAUCGUCCGCCUGCGGGAUGGACUCCGGGACCGCUACCCGGUGGAAGACUACCUGGAUCUCUUUGACUUGGCUGCGCACCAGAUUCACCGAGGCCUGCAGGCCAGCUCUGCACGGGAGCAGAGUGAGAUGAACAGAAUCAUUAUCGGGGAGGCCAGCGCAUCCACGAUGUGGGAUAACAAUGCCUGGACCUUCUUCUAUGAAAACAGCACGGAUGGCGAGCCGCCCUUUCUGAUCCAGGACUUUAUCCAUGCCUUCCAGCCCCAUGCCAAACUGAUCGUCAUGCUCAGGGACCCCGUGGAGAGGUUGUACUCAGACUAUCUCUACUUCGCAAGUUCGAAUAAGUCUGCAGACGACUUCCACGAGAAGGUGGCCGAGGCGCUGCAGCUGUUUGAGAGCUGCUUGCUCGAGGGCUCCCUGCGCGCCUGCGCCUACAACAACACGCUCAACAACGCCAUGCCGGUGAGGCUCCAGGUGGGGCUGUACGCCGUGUACCUCAUGGACUGGCUCAGUGUCUUCAGUAAAGAGCAGUUCCUCAUUCUUCGGCUGGAAGACCACGCGUCCAACGUCAAGUCCACCAUGCACAGGGUCUUCGAGUUCCUGAACCUAGGACCCUUAAGCGAGAAGCAGGAAGCACUGAUGACCAAGAGCCCUGCCUCGAAUGCAAGGCGUCCCGAGGACCGGAGUCUGGGGCCCAUGUGGCCGGUCACGCAGAGGCUCCUGCAGGACUUCUACGAGCCGUUCAAUGCCAGGCUGGUGCAGGUCCUUGCCGACGAAGCAUUUGCAUGGAAAAAGACGUGA